AUGGCAUCGUUUCUGGCCUCUCCCCUUGCUGGCGUUGCCGCUGUCGUGAGUGCCUACGUGGCCUCGAUCUUCGUCGUUGGUGGCUCCUUUGCUACCUUUGGCCUUGUUUUGGCGCUCUACGUGUACUACUACCUUGUUGGCUGGCACAAGAAGACCAAUGAGGUGAGCAGCUACGAGGUCGGUUCGGCUAAGUCUGGCGAGGGCGCUGUGAGGAGGAAGCUUGGCGUGCAGGAACUCGCCAUUAGCCCCUACCCUGGCGUUACUACCCUCUACGAGAACUUC